GACACUUAAAAAUGUAAUAAAACCUUUUAUUUUUGAAUUUUUUAGGAUGGAUUCGAAAGGUAAGGAGAGAUUUACGAAAAUUGAACGGUCCAAAAACUGCUUCUCUUGUUGUCAAAGAUAGAGAUGUAAUUGGUUGCCUGUGCUUCAUUCCCUCUUCCAUGGCCAUCCUUCAUAUAAAGAUGGCGACGAGUCUGGACUCCAAUUUCCCCAGAGCUUUUCCCCCCUUCAAAUCGCCCUGCAUUUCGCAGGGCACCUUUUGAUCGACCCGACCCGACCCGAUAUUCGCCUCGAUCCUAACGAUGAAGGAGGAAGAAGAACGCGCCGUGCCCCCGCCGGCCACCGACGGCGCCGUCAGCUUCGAGAUCGCCUCCCCACCCGACAUUGAAGGCGCAGACGGCGCCGCCAGCUUUGAGAUCGCCCCACCGCCCGCCCCAACCAAAAUUGAAUUCGCGAACGACGACGUUUGCGAAGAUGUAGCGGCCCCGCCCGCCCCAACCGAAACUGAAGGCGCAAACGACGCCGUUUGCUCGGAUGCCGCCGCCCCGCCGACCCCCACCGGUGGCGGAAGUUUCAAGAAGAAGAACCGCAGCAAGUCGUUCAGCCUCCUCAAGGCGGCGCUGAACAUCUUUUCGCCGGAGAACGAAAAGAGCAGGCCGUCGUCGGCGAAGAAGAAGAAGACGAAGAGCGGCGGCGACUGGAAGACGGUGGUGGGGUCAAUGCGGCCGUUGACCCUGCAGGACCGGUCUCCGACCCCGUCCCUCCCGUCCAUGUCGCCCUCCUGUUCCUACGAAAACCUGGCGACGCUCACCGGCUCCCCGUCGCCGUCGCACGUCUCCUCCUGCGGCAGCAGCACGAUGAGCCGGUACGCCUCCGCCACAAAUCUCCAAGAUCUGGACGCCGCCGGCUCCGAUCCCGACGAGGUGUUUGACGCCAUCGAAGGUGACGAGAUGAUCGACGUCAAGGCGGAAGAAUUCAUCGCCCGAUUCUACCAACAAAUGAAGCUCCAACAACGUCAGCAUCAUCACCAUCACCAUCGUCAUCAUCAACGCCUAUAAAACAAAUUGCUCUGCUAAAU